UUCUUGGUUCACUUUUUUGUUCUUUCCAUUACUACACUCCAUUAAUCUGAGUAUAUGUCCAUGCCUAUAAUCUGUUCAUAUAUACAUGGCAGUGAUAUUUUUCUUCCUUUAGCAGAUUGAAAUCAUUAUUGCAUAUAGUAGGUUUGGAUAUGCUUAGUCAUAUAAUUCAUGGGUUUUUGAUAUUUCCUCUAUGUUCUUUGCACCGGGAGGCUAGAAGAGGAUUAGAGGAAUGCAGUUUCAUGUCGAUUUGCUGUCGCUGGGGAAUUUCGUUGAACACUUCAGGGCAAGGUUCUACUGAGCUUGUCUAGGAAAUCCAAGGGAAUACCUGCAGAGCUGAUUGCAUAUUCUUGUAGCCACGCAUGCAGGAUUAAGUUUGAUGUUUCAUUUGGUUUGCCUCUGGCCAGUUUUUCCUGUUGUUGGCACAUUCUAUGAUCACCACAUCCCAUUUAUAAGUAUAUAAAUGCUGGUCUAUUGUGUGCUUCUAUUUAUUCAUUUAUGCUACUUUAGUGAUGAACGUAUUGGAAAAAUGCCAUAGUGUUAUAGCCUUGCAAGAGGGCUCCAGGCCAUGCCCUUAACAUAAGACUAUAGGUUGUUGCUGAUAUCAUUUGAAGCAGUAAUUAUUUCUCAUGGUUUGGACUCUGGAAAUCUUGGCGCAAGUAACUUCGAUAUUUGUACUGCAAUUUCUGUCUAUUUUACUUGAGAAACUUGAGCCAUAAUUAGGAAUUAGUAGCAAAGGGGAUGUAAAGGUAGCGACGGUGCUAAGCUGGAUGGUUGAGUGCAUAAGUUUUGCCGUCGGAUAUGAAAUUUGCGUAUCUAGCAUAUUGAAUACUGAUUGUUCGUAGGAUUGUAUGUCAAAUGGUGCAAUGAUUUUAAUGGUUCUGACAGUCCAUUUUAAUUGAUACAGAAUCAUUACAACGAGUCCACCCAUUCGAGAAGGAAAUCCCAUCUUUGCUAAACAAGCCAGGGUUUGCAUAGCUUUAUGCUGGGUGACCAAUGCCCAAAAAUGGGUGCUCCAUAUAAAUAUAUAAUUGGGUUGAUACAGAUGCUCAACUGGAGCAUUUGACAAGAUUCUUGGGCGAGGAAAAGGCUUUUGCUGUUGAUACAGAGCAGCACAGUGUUCGGUACUUCCUAGGAUAUACUGCACUAAUGCAGAACUCUACACAGAAGGAAGAUUAUUUGAUAGACACAGUUGCAUUGCAUGAUGUGAUGGGCAUGCUACGUCCAGUGUUUGCCAAUCCUUCAAUGUGUAAGAUAAGUAUGUAACACAUCUUUGUAAUGAAUGUGCAUGUUCACUGCAAAACGCUCAGCCUCUGUAGUCCACUCUUUCAAUAUAGGAAGCCUUUAAGCUCUAUUACAGUACAAGCAAAGAUGCAUGAUGCAAUGAAUUCUAUUUACAUUCCAUUGAAAGAUCUUCCAUGGAGCUGACAAUUAUGUUCUUUGGCUUCAACGAGAUUUUCAUAUUUAAUGUGAAGACUGGGCAAUGCAUAUAAUGUGAUUCUGCAAAGAUUUUCUGUGAAGUGCGGGUAGAAGGUUUGGAGACCUUGGACCAUCUUAGACAACUCGCAAUCCAAGAAUCGUUGUACUGAACAAGGAGAUGCAGUUGUAUUUGAGUCUGAAAUCAAUGACUUUUGGUGUUUUCAUUUGCAUCAAGUGCUCAGGAGCUCAUAGAAGUCUUGGAGUACACAUAUCCAAGGUCUGCAAUCUUGUGUGGUCAAAGAAUGUAAAUGAGCUUGUUAGUACCCACGGAUACUCUCAAAACCAAAUAAUUGUUUGGAGAUAUCCAACAAUGCCUAAGCUUGCCACCUUGACAGGCCAUACAUACAAAGUAUUGUAUCUAGCUAUUUCCCCUGAUGGACAGACCAUUGUUAAUGGUGCUGGUGAUGAAACACUCUGGUUUUGGAACGUGUUCCUAUCUCCAAACUCUCAGAGUUCUGACAGUUUAAGUUGCAUCGGAGAAAAGUAAUUUGCUUGGCUCAUAAGAUUAUUGCAGGCUUGCAGUAUAUGUUGAUGAUCAUGACAUCAUUCCAUUUGCAACACCCAUGCCACCAGGUCAUCAACCAUCAAAGCUAGCCGAAUGUUUUGAGAUAGCAUGAUGCAUUGCGAUGAACUAGCUUGCGAAUCCUUUCAUGGCUCUUUUGCUGGGAGUGUACAUAUUUAUCUGAGCAGAGUGGUGCUGUAGGAGUGAACAUUGCUGAGGCUUUGAAUAUCAGCAUUGUUCCAAUUGAUAAGAAUAUGCCCUCUUGUUUUUGCUCCCUUUUGCGAGUCAAACCUGGAGCUGUUUCUGUAAUCUGCUAGCAGCUAACCUAUUCAAAACACUUACUAACUCAUGAUGCCCAUGUUGGCAUGGUGUAAAAUGAGAAUACAUCUAUUCCAGAUUCAUUGUUACUGUCUUGAAAUGGAGGGCUGAUGUGCCCUGAAUUCACUUGUUUCAUAUUAA